ACGAAACUGCCAUCUCUUUCUACAAUACGAACGCGAAUGCGUCAAAUUUAUAAAAUUUAUAAAUUAAAACAAAGUGCAACAUGUUGGCGAAACGAAUGCAGCUAUGGAGGGCGACGAAUGCGAUGUUAGCGUUAAAUACAACGACCACCAGGGCAGCCACACAGAUGUUUCCAACUGGCAGCAGUCGGGACUUGCACAUGUCCAGCAGCUGGAGCAAUCAGCUGACGCUAAAGCCUUCAUCAAGGCUGCUGCCGCUCUCUCUCUCCGCUCCAGUUGGAUUGCGAUUCGCCAGCUCAAGCACAGAUGGAAUCCCUGCAUCAGUGUCCACCAAAGAGCUUGUUGACCUGCCUGCGAUACCAGAGGCGCCAGUAGCGCCCUCAGCCGUGGACACAGAAACCCUAAUGGAAACUGUUGCUGCCGCAGCCGGCGAACCUUCGUUUGCCUCCAUCGGAUUGGGCGGCUGGUCGCCCGUGGGCAUGGUACAGAACUGCAUGGAGUUUGUUCAUUGCACCUGGGACAUACCUUGGUGGGGCACCAUUGCCUUGGGCACGCUGGCAGUGCGCACCAUCAUCUUUCCCCUGGUCAUCCUGGCACAGCGCAACUCGGCCAAGAUGAACAACAACAUGCCGCAGAUGCAGGUCCUGCAGCUGAAAAUGACGGAGGCCAGACAGUCCGGCAAUGCCAUUGAAUCCGCACGCUAUGCACAGGAGAUGAUGCUGUUUAUGCGGGAGAAGGGCGUUAAUCCUCUAAAGAACAUGAUUGUACCACUGGCGCAAGCGCCGCUCUUCAUCUCCUUCUUCAUGGGUCUACGCCAGAUGGCCAAUACGCCGGUAGAAUCGAUGCGGGAUGGAGGUCUCUUUUGGUUUACAGAUCUGACGCUGGCGGAUCCACUGUAUCUGCUGCCCGUCAUCACCAGCGCCACAUUGUAUCUGACCAUUGAGCUGGGCACGGACAGCGCGCGUCUGUCGGCCGCCAACAUGAGCACCAUGAAGUACGUGCUCCGUGCUCUGCCACUCGUCAUCUUCCCCUUCACCAUGAACUUUCCCGCCGCCAUUCUGAUGUACUGGGCCUGCAGUAACUUCAUCUCCCUGGGCCAGGUGGCAUUGCUGCGCAUUCCGUCGGUGCGGGAUUACUUUAAGAUUGACAAGAUGCUGACACAUGCACCCAGUGCACUGCCGGCCAAGAAGAAGACUUUUGUGGGCGGCAUGAAGGAGUCUUGGGACAACAUGAAGAUCUCAAAGGAGAUCGAGGAACGACAACGCUUGGAUGAGAUUCGCUUUGCCAAGGCAGGAAAGGGACCACUGGUCAAGACGUACAAAUAUGAUCCCACCCAGCCACGCACGGACAUGGGUCAGGCCAGGAUCACGGGUAGCCUGAAGCCUCCCUCCAAGCAGCAGUAGCCGUUGAUGUGAAGAAACCCAACGGUGUCGUUGUUAACGUUACCAUAGUCUUUAGUUCCAAGUCAAGUCCCAAGUCCCCCGAUAGUUAUCGCAUAUGUCUUAUGCUAAAAUAUAAUAUUUACUAUAAACAAA